CAAAAUGUUUCAGGACAACACUACAUUUGCCAAUCGUUGGAGUAUAAGACAAGCAAAUAGCCGACUUCACGCUCUUGGAAUACAGACAGCACUUGAAGAAGAUUUGAGUCGAAAAAUUCAACAUGAUGAAAAACUAACCACAGGCAUUGCCAUUCCAUUAAACGACCUUAAUUCCACAAACCCAUAUCUUACCAGCAUGCCCAUGAUACAAAAACCUUCAAAGGGUACAGUUCGCAGCCUAAAGACAAAAACAUAUGGGUUCAAGGACCCAUUUGCGGUUGCACCCAUGGAGGCAUGGCAAGAAAUUAAAGACUACAACCUGAGAGUGAACGGAUUGCCUACGCUAGAACAAAUGAUGCGCUUGAACACAUACAGUCCAUUAACUCAGUCGCACUUUUCGACAUUUCUAAGACGUCGAAAGGCCCAACAGAACCUUAGCUUCUUGAUGGAACUUGAAACACAUGAUAAACUCUGGCGAGCGUAUCUUCAGAGUGUUGAUCGACAGAAUCGACAACGGCUCUCUCGCUUUUUAGAAUCAGCUGCAGAAAAAGAAGGAACAAAGGAUAACACGAUGGUCGAUUUACAUCAGAUACUCUAUGUUGAGACACCCGAUACAGAAGACUUGCUUUCACCACUACCCCUACCACCACAAGGAAAUCAUUAUGCAUCUCGUACAGCAGCCAGCGACAAAUCAUUGUCUCGUCAAGACCUCAUUGAUAACGCAACUCGUAUCUACAACACCUACUGCUCACCUACAGCACAACGAGUACAUUUGCCUGAGGAUUAUAGAAGAGCAUUGGAAGAACUGGUUGUACACAGCGAACGACCUGAACCUGUCGUCUUUGAAUCAGCUAGAUCGCACGUGUUUGAGAUCCUUAAUGUAUUUUAUUAUCCCCUCUUUGUUGAUUACGUCCUGCACAAAAACAUCUCCAUAGGCAUGUCUAGAUUGUGUCUUGGUUUAGGCACACUUUUGCUCACUCUUGCCUUUUCGAUUGAACUCUCCCUUAUCUUUUUAGCUUCCUCUACUUCACGAUGGCUUGCUCUUAUACCCUUCUUUUUUGGAUGGUCAGCGUUAUUAACAAGUAUUACUGAAUUUGCUUGGUGGUUUGGUAUUAGUAGCGUUAGCGAGGUCCAGUUCAUGGUGUAUUCGGACAUCCAGGAUGUCAUCGUCAAAAAGAUACAUCGUAAGCGAGGAUGGCUCUGGUUAGCCUUUAUCAUUCUGCUGUCAAUACUGAAUACACUUAUCUUUGUCUUUAUUCCUUCACAUCGAUUAUAACUUAUUUAUCUCCUUUUUUUUUUUUUUUUUU